UGCCUCCGUCGCAUAUAGUCUCCAGUCCAACGGCCAUGCCGACUUUGUUGUCGCUUUCCCGGUCUCUCCGCUACCUGCGGCACGCAGCUCCGUAUCAAUGAAGUUUGAUCCAGAUAUUAUCCUCAAUGCGACACAGUCGGCUGUCUUCCUAAGCGAGAGAGAUGUCGCCGGCCAAAUCCCGCUCAAUUUCGUCACCACUUCUUCGGUAUCCUUGCGCGCAGCAUGUUUCGGAAAUAAUGUUUAUGAUGAAGACGCAGCGGGACGAUGUAUCUCCAACCUGCUCACGAUCGGAUACCGUCGCUUGAUCGUGGACCUAUACUGGUCUACUGAUGAUCGCAAAUGGCUCCUCUGCCCAGUAUCGAUACCUGAGGACGCGACAGUCGUCAGUGUCUCCGGCACAUCGACGGAAACCGCGACGGCGACGGCGACGCGCGCAGCGCAGGCCACAGUCACAGCGGUAGCCAGUUCGUCGGGCUCGCCGCUGUACGAGCUCGGCUCAUACCGCUGCACCAACAAAGUCGAUCUGGACGGCUUAAUCGACGUGCUUCGGGGCCACUUCCAGCGCACCGCCUCCGAACUGACCGCAUACAUCCGUUUUAUCUCCUUCAACCUGCACGCCGCAGCCAGCGCCACCGACCCGCGCGAACCCGCGCCGGCUCUGACCGGCGUGCAGCUACCCUCUAGGUCGGAAACCCUCAGCUCCAUCUUCGACCACCAACUCUCGUCCUACGUGUACACCCCAUCCGAGCUCGCCUCCGAGCGCGCCAACCUCAACGAAUCCUGGUUCGAGGUGGACGACAGCUACAAGCCGAUCAAGGAAUACUUCACCAUCGAAGAAGACGCCAAGGGCAUCCAAAGCACGCCGGACGGAUGGCCGUGCGGCAAGUUCGUGCAGCUCGCGCGCGAGAAGCGCCUACUCGUCGAGUACGCGUACAUCGACCCGGCGAUGCAGGAAUACGACGUGUCCCCUGCUGACAGCAUCAUCUUCCUACCGCACUACCUCUCCUCCACGAUCUCCAUCUCGAUCGAUGCGUCCGGCACCCUCGACUCGACCUGCUACUACGUACCGGGCGCCUCCGACAUCGCGGCGGCCAACUCCUCCUGGGCGAUUUCCAACUACCUCCCAGUACCACAAGCGGGAACACGCAACGCAACCCUCGAGGAGUUGUCGGCUGUGGCAGCGAACCUAACCGCGUGCGGACUGACGCCGUCACUGAAUGACACGCUCUUCAACACGACAGCAGGCGAGAGCGCGGAGCCGUACGAACAGCUCUCGCUAUCUUCCAGCUGGGCGUGGUCGAUCAGCCAACCAGCAGACGCGAGCACCAACUCAAACGACGACGACGACGACGACGACGGGGACGCCUUCUCAUCGAACGACCACUGCGCAGUGAUGGACCUGUCGCUAGCGGGCCACUGGCGCGCCGUGAACUGCAGCGCAAGGCGCCACGCCGCCUGCCGCGUCGGCACGGGGCCCUUCACUUGGCGCCUGUCGGCGGAAGCGCACACGUUCGCCGACGCCUACGACCACGCCUGCCCUGCUGACACAACGCUGGCCGUCCCGCGCACCGGCGUCGAGAACACCUACCUGUACCGGUACCUGCUCACGCAGACCGAGACGCUCGACCCGACCGCCACGUCUGAACGCCGCCGCGAGGUCUGGCUGGACCUCAACUCGCUGGACGUGACCUCGUGCUGGGUGACCGGCGGGCCGGACGUCAGCUGCCCCUACGCGGCGGACCCGGGGGAACUGGAGCGGCGCACCGUGCUCGUGGCCGCCAUCGCCGGGAUCGUGAUCUGCAUCAUCGCCGCGCUGACCCUGUUCGUGAAGUGCAACGCCAACCGGCGCAACUCCCGGCGAAAUAAGCGCGUCAUCAAGGGCUGGGAGUACGAGGGGGUGCCUUCUUGAAUCGUCACUCACUUUCGUACCGCUCGGGAUAUUCCAUCCAGCUGAGAUCUAAAACACCCUGAUAGCCACCUUUGCUGUACUUACUGUACAUAGUUCUUCCUUUCUUUCUGUUCUCACUCGUACAUAUACUCGUCUAUCUGUCUGUAUAUAUGUGUGUAUAGUACCAUAAUCACGGCAAAUCCGUU